AUGACCUGGAUAUCAAAGACCAUCACAACCUUUGGUCUGGUGCUAGUAGCACAUGCCUGCUACUCAGCCCAGGAGCACUCAGCGCUGCAGUCCCUCCGGGCCACCAGCGCCGCCCUGUCAUCCACGCCGGCAUCCACCUCCCUUCCCGUCGACAUCUCCAUCGAGACCAUAGUCGGGCUGUUCGUCACGGUGCUGGGGCUGGUCGCCGGGACGCCGAACCUGCGGCCGAUCCAGUGGCGCGUGUGGGCGGGCAAGGUCGAGCGAGAGGGCGAGCAGGGGUUCCUGAGGAGCAACGGCGAGGUGGAGAAAGACUUUGUCGGCAACCCGUUCCGCGUGCUGGAGGCGAGGCCUGGCUUCGUGGACAUCCGGACGCAGAGGAAGGAGUUUGCGGAGUGGUUCCGGGAUGAGAUGGUUCGAUACGAAGAGUCUCGUUCCAGUGACCGCCCCGGCAGCGAUGAUCCCGACACCAUGAACGAGAUCAUCAUGGCCAUCGACAUGAGGGAUGAUGGCACCGUGGGCUGUGCUUACUACGUUGCCAUCGACGAGGCGCUCUUCCUGCAAGAAGAUAUUCCACUAGCAGGCAUCGAGCUCGUCGAGACACUUCUCCUUCAUGUCGAGCCAACAACUGUUCUCAUCUCCAUCCGCAGCCCAGACAAUCUGGUUCAGUUCAUAGAAGCUGGAGCCCAGGACUUCCAGGGACAUCGCAACCAAGAAGAAGGCAAGAACACCCGACUUUAG